GACAUCCAUUCGAGUUUUUGAAUCAACCUACUAAUCUAAUCGUGCGAUCUGGUCUGUAACUGAACCUCUAACACAAACACAGACAGAGCCCUGCCUUAAAUCUACCAGUCAACCGAAAAUGUUCGUCAGACAAUUGUCAACAAAGGCGAAAUCCUUCAGAACCAUUCCUUUGGCGAGGUUGGAAGAUGUCGGACCCGAAUUCCAACCCAAUCCCACUCUGAAACUUCACAUCUUAAACCACCAAAGGCAUUUGGAAUAUGGUCCAAUUUAUCGAGAAAGUGUCGGUCCUGACUCGGAUAUUGUUUGGAUUGGAUGCGGACAAAUGUGCCAAGAAGUCUUUCAACAAGAGGGACAGUAUCCAAGAAACCUCAUCCCACGAGCUUGGACGGUCUAUAACGAGAAAUACGGCGUGGAACGAGGAAUUUUCUUCAAACAAGGACCGGAUUGGGCCACGUGGAGGCAUCGGUUGAACCCUAUCUUCUUCAAGUCUCCGGAUAGAUUUUGGAACCUAACUGAUCACGUCACCCAUGAACUUUUAGCAGGCUUGGAAAAUGACCCUGCGGAUUUAGAAGAGAAGCUGAGACGUUGGGCGGUGGCAUCCACUCUCACCAUGAUUUUUGGACAUUCGUUCCGAGAAUAUCCGUUCGAUAUGGCUGAUUUCAGUGCACAUGCCCAAAACAUCUUCGAGCAAUCUGCCAAGCUUCAGUUACUCUCUGCUGAUGACGAAGCUGAGAGAAGUACGGAUUUGUGGCAAAAUUUUGCCCAAUCUGUUACAAAGUCGUUGUUGAUGACAAACGAGCUUACGGAUGCGAUGCUACAAGGUCCUUCAAAAAAUGGAUUAUUGUCAGUAUUGAGGGCUCAAUCCGUUUUCUCUGAGACCGAGCUAUCGCUCCUCGUAUCAGACCUUGUGAUUGCCUCUCAAGAUACCGUUUCCAACACUGCACUAUGGAUGAUCCAUGUACUGGCUUCCAAUCCGCAGGUUCGCACAAUUUACCAAUCCGAAAGGAAUCCAAAUAAUUUUGUGAAAUUCAUCGUCAAAGAAACCUUCCGGAUGUUUCCCGUGGCUACAUUUCUAACUCGAAUUGCUCCGAAUGAGAUCAAUGUGGGUGGCUAUUUGUUGCCUGAAGGUCAACUUAUUCUGAUGUCCAUGUUUCACAUGGGUCGAAGGCCAGACUACUUCACAGAUCCAGAAAUAUUCUGGCCCAAUCGAUGGGAACGAUCUCAAACCGGUGCAAGAUACCGCAAAGGGGUGGAUUCCGCAGCCAGAUUUGCUACCAUUCCUUUUGGCUUUGGUGCCCGAAGCUGUUUGGCUAAGCUUUUAGCGGAGUAUCAGCUUCAGUUUCUUGCCAGAGAGAUCUUGAAUCGAUAUGAUUUGACUUCAUUGAAUGAAGAUGUGGAUAUGAUCAUGAAAAUGACGGGCAUUCCGAACCAACCGAUCUCGAUCCGAAUGAGAAAAAAUUCGAUCGUUUAGCACGCUCUAGCUGCGGUUUAUUCGGAUUUACUCAACGCCCUCAGCAGAAAAAAAAAAUAAUGAAAAUAUAUUUUUAAAAAGAAUAUUGAACUAGAAACUUCCUUAGGUGCA